AUGCACGAAAACACCAACACAUAUCCGCUGGAUUCAUCAGCUUCUUCUUCAUCCCCUUCCUCAACUCCUCCGUCGCCUUCGAUGCCCGCCACUCCUCGCUCUUCAUCAUCCUCAAUGUCUGCCCCAGAUAAUGAAACCCCAGACUUCAACACCGUCGUCAUCGUCGGGGCUGGUAACUUUGGCGCCGGCACCGCUUUGGCCUUGGCCCAGCGCGGCGUCCAAGUAACCCUACUUGAUACCGCUGCUUACCCCAGUCCCAGAGCUGCCUCACAUGACAUCAACAAGAUUGUUCGCGAUGACUAUCCAGAUAUGCUUUACAUGCGUAUGAUGGAGAAGGCUAUGCCCAUGUGGAGAAGCAAUGACCUCUACAAGCCCUUCUACCAUCAAACUGGCAUGCUUCGCGCUGAUCCGAGCAACUUUGGUGAGGCGAGCAUCGCCGCCUACAAAGAGCUUGGCAUAGACAGGAAAUGCGAGAUGCUCUCCGUCGACGAAGUUCGCAAGCGCUGGAACGGGGUCUUUGCCACCGCCAAUUUUGAGGAUCUCGAAGAGAUUCUCUACAACCCCGAUGUCGGCUUCGCUGAGGCAGACAAGGCGCUGGCCGCCGUUGUGCAGGCGGGCAUCGCUCGUGGUGUCGAAUAUGUUGUCGGAGAGAUGGACACGCUUGCUUUCGGCCUCGAAGGCCAAUGCAUCGGAGUAAAUCUCAAAAAUGGAGGUACAAUUAUGGCGGACAAAGUUUUGAUGGCCACUGGAGCCCGCACUGAGCCUCUGCUCGCGCAGAGCGCCCCGGAAAACAAACAGCUGCACGCUGGCGAUCGCGUUCUGGCUACGGGUGCUAUUAGCUUCUUUGCCAAGUUGCACGGUGAAAAGAAGGCCAAGUUUGCCCACCUUCCGGUGCUCAAGAAUUGCCUCAAGAGUCUCAAGGGCGAAGGAAUGUCCAUAUUGGCCGACGGUACCAUCAAGUUCAACUGCGAUAUGUGCUUUACCAAUUACCAGGACUUUGCCGCAACUGGCGAGCGAAUGUCGCUGCCGCCCAGCGAUCCGAAAUACAACACCUGGAAUGGGAACGAUUUCCUCGACUUUUUCAAGAAGCGAGCCCAGAUGACAUUUGACAGCAUCUACGGAGAUGAAAUGAAGGGUAUUGAGAUUGAAUCGUACCGUAUCUGCUGGGAUGCCUCGACGCCCACACAUGACUUCCUCAUCACUUCACACCCUCACUGCGAGGGCUUGUACGUGGCGACUGGAGGUUCUUUCCAUGGCUGGAAGUUUCUGCCCGUAAUUGGCGACUACAUUGCGGACAUGAUGCAAGGCACGCUCGACGAGGAUUAUACAGAACGCUGGGCGUGGAACAAAAAAGGCGGUGCCGGCCAGAGCGCAAAUCCCACCUACCAGGUGGUGGGCGACCUACAGGACUGGCUCGCAUAA